AUGUCAAAUCCAGUUCUUGAAGCAUUUGGUAAUGCAAAAACUGUUAGAAAUGACAAUUCCAGCCGUUUUGGAAAAUUUGUUGAGAUUCAAUUUGAUAAGGUUGGACGAAUAUCUGGUGCAGCCAUUAGAACUUAUUUGCUUGAGAAAUCUCGAGUUUGCCAAAUCUCAGAUCCUGAGCGUAACUAUCACUGUUUUUACCUUCUCUGUGCUUCUCCACCUGAGGAAAAGGAGAAAUAUAAGUUGGGAGAUCCUAGAUCAUUUCACUACCUUAACCAGUCCAAUUGCUACGAAUUAUCUGGUGUUAAUGCUGCUCAAGAGUAUCUCAGCACCAAGAGAGCCAUGGAUAUUGUUGGAAUCAGUCAGGAAGACCAGGAUGCUAUUUUCAGAGUUGUAGCUGCUAUACUUCAUCUUGGAAAUAUUAAGUUUGCAAAAUCAGAAGAAAAUGAUUCAUCAGUUCUAGAAGAUGAAGAAUCCAUGUUUCAUCUCCAAACAACAGCAGAACUUCUUAUGUGUGAUGCUAAGACUUUGGAAGGUGCACUCCUUGAGCGUGUGAUGAUUACCCCAGAUGAUAUCAUAAAAAAAAGUCUUGAUCCUCUGGGUGCUGCACAUGUGUUUAAGAUGGAGCAAGAGGAAUAUACAAAAGAAGGGAUUAACUGGAGCUACUUAGAAUUUGUGGAUAAUCAAGAUGUACUAGAUCUCAUUGAAAAGCCGGAGAAAAUCUUGAUUCCCUAUGGUGUUCAACACUACUUUAAGGGUGUCAAAUGUCGUGAAAGCUUAAACUUAGGCAGAGUACUAGAGGCCGCAAAAUGGAUUUAUAUCUCAAACACUAUGUUUCCUAAAUCAACUCAUGAAACAUUUUCACAGAAGCUUUAUCAGACAUUCAAAGAUCACAAACGCUUCAUUAAGCCGAAAUUGACACGCUCAGACUUCACUAUUAUUCAUUAUGCAGGAGAGGUUCAGUACCAGUCUGAGCACUUUUUAGACAAAAACAAAGACUAUGUUGUUCCUGAACAUCAAGAGAUACUAAGUGCUUCCAAAUGUUCAUUUGUAUCAGGUCUUUUUCCUCCACUUUCCGAGGAGACAGCCAAAUCUUCCAAGUUUUCUUCCAUUGGUUCUCGUUUCAAGGGUGUUCUUGAAGCAGUAAGAAUUAAAUGUGCUGGAUUCCCUACUCACUGGACCUUCCAGGAUUUUUUAACUCGAUUAGGCAUUCUUGCUCCAGAGGUACUUCGAGGGAACUUCGAUGAAAAGGAUUCAUGUAAGAAGAUAUUGGAGAAGAUUGGGCUGACAGAUUAUCAGAUAGGGGAAACAAAAAUAUUCCUAAGAGCUGGUCAGAUGGCUGAAUUGGAUGCUCGGAGGGCAUUCCUGCUUAAUAAUUCUGCUACGGUUAUUCAAAAGCAUGCUAAAUCUCGAUUUACUCGGAAAACAUAUAUUGCAUUGCAAAAGUCCUCUGUUUUUCUGCAAUCCAUUUGCAGAGGAGAACUGGCUCGAGGUUCGUAUUUUCAAAUGAAGAAUAGGGAAGCGGCUGCAGUCAGAAUUCAAAAGCAUAUGCGUCGAUCACUAGCUAGGAAACGGUACACUGAAAUACAGACCUCUGCAAAUGUGUUGCAGACAGGUUUUCGAGCAAUGGCUGCUUGUAAUAAAUUUAGAGACAGAAAGCAAACAUAUAGAAAGCAGAUUUGUGCAUCGACUACUAUUCAGUCCUAUUGGCGUCGACAUAAAGCUCUCGUCGACUAUCAGAACCUUAAGAAAGCAUCAAUCAUUCAACAAAGCAUCAGCUCCAUUGAUAAACAGGAAGAGAAGGUUUUGGAGACACUAGUGCAAAAUGGAAGUCCUGCUAAGGAAGAAUCUUCAAAUCCUGUCCAAGAAGAAUCUUCAAAUCUUGACCGAGAAGAAUCCUCAAUUCUUUUCCAUGAUGAAGAAAGUAUUGAAGCUAUUAGGGAUUCUUCUAGUCCUCUCGCAGACACUGAAAAAAUUGAGAUUCUUGCUUUGGAAGUAAAAGACUUAAAGAGUAUCGUUGAUUAUCUUUUAGAGUAG